AUGGCGCGAGAUGAUGGCAAAAAUGGCGCGAAUGGCGCAGAUGACGCCAAAGCAGAAAGAGGCAUGGCGACGCUUUCGACGCUGAGAAUCGGCACGAAGGCUAUGGUCGAAAAGGUACGUUGUUCGAGAGCGUUUUACAGCUUGCUUUCUAACACAUUGCAGGAUGGCGAGAAACGUAGGGCCGAAAUUCUGUCCAUGCAGACAAGAAAAGGCAGGCCGACCUUUUAUGUUCACUACCAAGACUUCAACAAGCGUUUGGACGAGUGGGUGCCGGCAGAACGUCUCGAUCUCACGCAAGACGUCGAAUGGCCGGUGCCAGAGAAGCCCGACAACAAGUCCAAGCAAAAGCAGACUCAGUCGAAAUCAGAUUCGAAGAACACCAAGACGGGCUCCACAAAGGCUGGCCAGAAACGUUCAAGAAGCGGCACUACGACUCGAGAGGCCUCCGAAAUCCCUGGCGAUCUUGCCGGCAAACUAAGCAGACAAGUCUCGCAGAGUGGUGGCAAAGAGAAUAGAGAUCCCUCAGUGGCGGUGCUUGCUCCAGAAUCUCUCGAUGGCACGCCCGGGCCCGACGAUGAGUCUGCGAUGGACAUUGUCGACGUGCAGGAAGCUGCAGCAGCCGCCAAAGCAGCCCCUGACAGCGUCCCAUAUUCUCGUGAAGAAGAAAUCGAGAAGCUCAGAACUGGCGGCAGUAUGACACAGAACCAGACCGAAAUUAGCAGAGUCCGCAAUCUGGAGCGUGUGCAAAUGGGCGACAGCGAGAUUGAGCCCUGGUACUUUUCGCCUUAUCCCGCUGAAUUCACGGACGUCGACAUGGUUUACAUCUGCGAAUUCUGCCUAUCAUACUUUGGCUCGCAAUUCCAAUUCGGGCGGCAUCGCAAAAAGUGUACGCUGCAUCAUCCCCCUGGCAAUGAGAUCUAUCGCGAUGAGAACGUGUCAUUCUUCGAAAUCGACGGCCGAAGACAACGGACGUGGUGUCGCAAUCUGUGUUUGCUGUCAAAGCUUUUCCUCGACCACAAGACACUGUACUACGAUGUCGACCCAUUUCUCUUCUACUGCAUGACCACUGCAGAUGAUCAGGGCCAUCAUCUCAUCGGCUACUUCUCAAAAGAAAAGGAAAGCGCAGAGGGUUACAACGUCGCCUGUAUCCUAACCCUCCCUCAAUUCCAACGAAAAGGCUACGGCGGGCUUUUAAUCCAGUUCUCGUACGAGCUAAGCAAGAUCGAAGGCAAGCUCGGUUCUCCCGAAAAACCUCUGUCCGAUCUCGGACUUUUGGGCUAUCGCGCGUACUGGCAGGAAGUUAUCGUCGAGCUGCUUCUGGAACGCGAGAGUGAAACCCCGGGAUCCUCGGCUUUCAUCUCGGUGGAAGAUAUCGGAGCUACGCUUGCCAUGACCACUAACGAUGUCUUGCAUACUCUUCAGAACGCCAAUAUGCUGCGGUACAGCAAUAAGAAUCAUGUCAUCGUUCUGACGGAGGCGGCUCUUCGGCAGAGAGAGAAGAGGAAGGAGAAGGAGAAGAUGAAGCCGCGCAGGUAUAUUGAUCCUGAGAAGCUGAUUUGGAAACCUCCUGUGUUCUCUGCGAGCGCGAGGACGUGGAAUUGGUAG